CCCGUUAAUAUCUCCUCAACGAAGCCUCGGACAAAAUUUUCGCUAAGGAAAAAGUUGUUUCAAAUCACCUCCCGAACCACCCAUUUCAAGGUGUUACAACAUUUUUGGGACACCUUGUAUAGUUGUCUUAUACUUGUAUAUAUGUAGAUGUCUGUGGUAUAGUGGGUUAUAGUGAUCCACUAAAAUUUUUAAUUUCUUUAAAAAAAUGCAAACAGUUCGACCUUGCGGUUGCAAAGGGAUAAGAACGUGUCUCCUUUGCGAGACAGAAUAUAAAAUAACGAAACCUGAUCUCAAGACUGAAUUUGAGAAAUAUUCUAGUUAUGUUUACUGCCCGUAUUGUAACCUCUCUUGGCCUGGCUGGGAUAGUGAUCUUUACACAAACCAUCCAGACCAUGAAGGAAAGGCUAUAGAGUUUCCUGGGGUAUAUAUAAAGCUAGAUUUUUUGAAUUCUAAUGACAAUGCAUUAUUGUCAAAUGCAUUGGAUGAUAUACCUUGGGAAGUUUCUCAAAGUGGCAGAAGAAAACAGAACUUUGGUCCAAAAUGUAAUUUCAAGAAGAAAAAACUUCGUUUGGGUUCUUUCGAUGGCUUUCCAAAAUCUACCCACUUUGUGCAACAGAAAUUUUUAGAAGUGCCUAUACUUAAAGAUUUCCAGACAGUGGAACAAUGUACAUUAGAAUAUGACCCGCUACGCGGAGCUUCGAUAGAUCCACAUAUCGAUGACUGUUGGGUUUGGGGUGAACGAAUUGUUACCGUCAAUGUUAUGGGUGAUUCAGUGUUAACAAUGACUCCCUAUCAUGGUCCGAAUACAAAGUAUAAUUUGAAAGAUGUUACUGAAUAUUCCACAACAUGUGAAAACAUGAAAUCUGAUGUAAAGGACGAAAAUGGAGAUGUUCAAGAUAUAAUUGUAAGAUUACCAAUGCCACAGGGAUCUCUUAUGGUUCUUUAUGGUGCUGCAAGAUAUAAAUGGGAACACUGCGUUUUAAGGGAAGAUGUAAAAUCGCGGCGAAUUUGUUUGGCAUAUCGCGAAUUAACGCCUCCUUAUCUAAAUAAUUCAUCACAAGAUGAAGAAGUUAAAGAGCUUCUACAGAGAGCUUCAAUAUUUCGAUGAAAUUGCAAAUUAUAAUUUGGAAAUAAUUAUUUGUAAGACAGUGUAUAAUAAUAAAAUAUUCAAAUAC